AUGUCCACAGAUGUCAUCAUUCCUCCUUACUGUGAAAUGGUUGUCCCUGUGCAGGUGGAGGCUCCGCGCUCCAUGGAACCGCACACUGAUUUCUAUAUCGGGUAUGUGGAACCUGAGACUCGGGAUUCAAUGGGGUUGGUGGUUGCACGUACAGUGGCUCCGGUUAAGGAUGGACUCACUGUUGCGCGGUUACUUAACCCCACUGACCAUGAGUUGAGGAUGCAUUCCGGUUCGCAUUUGGGGGUCCUUCAUCAUGUCGAUAACAGUGACGUUUUUGAGCCAACGGACGGUGUUGACCCUGACGCUAAGCCAGUGACUCUACCGGACUUAGGGGACUGUUACCUCACAGAUGAUCAAAGGCAGGAACUCAGUGAAUUGUUAGAGAGACACUGUAAUGUUUUCCGUACUGGGGGUGGAUUCACUAAGGCUACGGGUGUGAUAAAACACCACAUUAACACAAACGGUAGCCUCCCCGUUCGUAAGAGGGCUUACAGGACGUCCCCUGACAAACGGAGGGAGAUCGACAGGCAGGUGCAGCGACUCCUGGCAGAUGGGAUUUUCAUGGUGAGCUCUGAGACGCAGACUAUGGAUAUGUCAACUUCGGUGGCUGUAUGUGGGGUCGAAGCUUCUACGGAGGCUCCCCUAAGUGCUCAGGCAUCGGAUUCUUGUGAGCCCUCAGUACCCCCUGACGGGAGUGACCUACAAACCCUCUUUCAGGAAGGCUCCAACAGGCGCAAGGCGCCUGUGCCUCACCAUCGUGCUCCGAUGCGGACGACGUUGGCACAGCGCCCGUUUCAGCGGGUUGCGGCAGACAUAUUGGAGUUGCCGGCCACGUCGAGAGGAAACCGCUAUGUUCUGGUGGUGGAAGACUAUUUCACCAAACGUUUGGAUGCUGCCUUUCGCCAGAGUCGCAAUAACAGUGUGACUGCGAGUGACAAACAGAGGACCUUUUAUGACAACAGAGAGAGACACAGGCCUUACGAAAUUGGGGAUUUAGUGUGGCUUCAUGACCCAACUGAGAGCCGCCGUAAAUUGGCCCCACACUGGAAGGGGCCUUACAUUAUUGAGCGGAGACAGGACCGUGACGACGUGGUUGGGGUUACAUAUGUGAUUGGAAGUCCAUUUGGGGAUGAAGCCCCCAAACAGACAAUUCACUAUGAUUGA